AGAAAACCGUGAAGAAGAAUUUUUUGCUCGCUAUUCGGAAUCUGAUCUCAGGUUUCUCGGUGUCUCAAUUCAAAGCAUAAUCUUGUGUGUCUCCUUCUGUAUCAUAGAAUUCUCUGCAAACCCUUAAAAACGGAAAAGUUUGCUGCUUGGAAAUGUGAGAUGAUUAUGAUUUUUCUCUGGAGCGCUUCACAAACUUGAGAACUGUUUUGGUUCUUUUAACUUGAAUCUGUGUGAGAAGUCACUUACUUUUGUUUCAUUUUUUAUGCAAAGGAAGUAUAUGCAUAAAUUUGAUCAUUUUGAAUCCUAGUACACCAACCAGAAUGUUGUCUAAAAGGAAACCCCAGUACAGAUUGCCUGUUGUUCCUGUGUCUGUUCUUAUCAUCCUCUUAUCUGUCCUGUUUUUUUGUUACUACUAUGUGAAACCUAGUUCCCCCUUAACUGAAUUAUCCAAAAAUUUGGAAUCACAUACCCUUCAAUGUUCCAGCCAAGCCCUGGCCCUAGGGGAAAAAUUCUUGUGGUAUGCACCCCAUAGCGGGUUCAGCAACCAGCUUUCGGAAUUCAAGAAUGCUAUUUUAAUGGCAGGGAUAUUGAAUCGAACUUUGAUUGUUCCUCCUAUUCUGGAUCACCAUGCUGUUGCUCUUGGUAGCUGUCCUAAGUUUCGGGUUGUGGAUCCAAAUGAGAUUCGGAUUGCUGUUUGGGAUCAUAUGAUUGAGCUCAUUCAGGGUGGAAGAUAUAUCUCCAUUGCUGAAAUUGUAGACAUCUCGUCAUUAGUUCCUUUGUCUAUUGUUCGAGUGAUUGAUCUCAGGGAUUUUGUUUCAAUAUGGUGUGGCAUCAGCUUAGAUUUAGCUUGCUUAAAUGAUUCAAAGUUACAACCCUCUGUUUCUAAAAGCCUAAAGCAAUGUGGAUCUCUGCUAGCUGGGCUUCAUGGGAGUGAUGACAAGUGUGUACAUGCUGUCGAUGAAGAUUGUAGAACUACGGUAUGGACUUACCAUCGAGGUGUUCAUGAGGAUGGCAUGUUAGAUUCAUUCCAACCCGAUGAACAACUGAAAAAGAAAAAGAAAAUAUCGUAUGUUAGGAGAAGGAGAGAUGUAUUCAGGAGUCUUGGACCAGGUUCCCAAAUCGAAUCAGCCUCACUGCUGGCAUUUGGAAGCCUUUUCUCAGCCCCAUACAAGGGAUCUGAGCUAUAUCUUGAUAUUCAUGAAUCUCCUCAAGACCAAAGGAUACAAUCUUUGAUGGAGAAGAUCAAAUUUCUUCCAUUUGUCCCAGAAAUUGUGAAAGCUGCAAAGGAGUUUGCUAAGACAACCAUACAAGCUCCAUUCUUUUGUGCACAACUUAGAUUGUUGGAUGGACAGUUUAAGAAUCAUCAGAAGGCUACAUUUCAUGGGUUAAGACAAAACCUAGAAUCUUUAAGGCAGAAAGGCCCUCUACCCGUCCAUAUUUUUAUAAUGACUGAUCUUCCAGAAGAUAAUUGGACUGGUACUUACUUAGGUGAUUUAAUUAGUGAUACAAUUAACUAUAAAGUGCAUUCCUUAAGAGACAAUGAUGAGUUGGUGAGACAAGCAGCCAUGAAACUCAUGGGAGCAGGUUAUGGGCAGAGGUUCAUUACAAAUUCUGAAAACACAGUUGGUAAAAAGUAUUGUUCCAAGCAGACAAUACCUGAUGUACUUCUAUAUAUAGAGCAGACUGUGUGCAGCUGUGCAUCACUUGGUUUUGUUGGAACUGCAGGGUCGACUAUUGCCGAAAAUAUACAACUAAUGACAAAAUAUGGCUCAAGUUCUUGUCAUAUUUAACAGCUACAUGGAAAAUUGCUUAUAAGGUUUUGAAUCUUAUUGGAUUGAUGGAAUGCAAGUUCAAUCAUGUUGCAACAGGAGAUGAUUGCGCAAGUCAUGUUUUGUGUUAUCUAUUGUCUCCCUGAGUUUUGAUGAUUAAUCAGCAACGCAAAACCAGAGUUAGUUGUUAAGAGAUACUCUACAGUCAAGGGCCUUUUUCCUAUUUUAGGUAUGAAACUCAACUAGGAUGACGGUUUCCUGAAAGUUAAUUACAGCUGUUGUCAAUACAUCUUCGUGGCUUAGUGCCCUUUUAGAUGGGUUUGUAUCCACUGAAAAAGUACUUUGUUG